CCGAAGAGUCACCAAUUCCUCUCGGGAUACUAUCAUUGGAGCCUCCACUUCAACACAAGUCUCAUAUUAGACUCAUCGCCGACCGUCGCAUUCAUGAUGACGGCCCAUCUGAACUACGUUCGGAAUCUKUUUUUCUUGGGGGGAUUUAUCCUUCCAUCGAUCUUGGUCCAAGCAUUGGUUGCCUGCCCCCGCACAAGUAAUGGCAACAUUUGUAUGUCUCGGAGCCUAUCGAAAAAAUCAUCCAUGCUAUCAAUGUCAAGCAAUAACGACAUUGAUUCCUCUGCUUCGUCCGAAGAGAACGAUGGCGAAGAUGGCGAGAGUGGAUCUCGGCAGCACCGCCUUGCGAAGGCACAAGCCGAGAUAGAUCGAAUCUUGAACAAUCCCAUCGACCCGCCCUUUGAUUUCGAAAAAGAAAUGAAAAAAGUUGCGAGCAUAAGUCCGCCACUCAUAAAAGAAGGCUCGGCCGAGUUUCAAUUAGAGGAGCAAGUGAGCGAGGCCGAGGACCAACUCUACAAAGCAGUGAAAGCACAGGACUACGACGCGGCGGAGAAAAAAUCGGCAGAAAUAUCGCAAACGCACGUCGACGACUGCGGUCUCGUGUUGCAGGCAAAUGCGGCAUUUUACAGAGCCUUUAGCGAGAAGGACAUUCGGGAAAUGGACCGCCUCUGGCUCAAGGAUCGCUCCUGUGUUUGCAUCCAUCCUUCCUUUAAACCAAUAACAGGAGUGAACGAUAUCAUGAAAACCUGGAAGCGCAUGUUCGAGUCCUCCGCAGGGAGUUUUCAACGGACUUGGAUCGACCCCUGUGAAAUCCAGCUGACUGUCAAGGCAACAACUGCUGUGGUCACGUGCGUCGAAGAUGUAUAUGCUCGGCGUUUUGUUCGAGGGAAAAAACGCAAGUCGGAACUCGUCAACAAACUCACGGCGACGAACAUUUUCCGAAAAGUCGGAGGGCGAUGGUACAUGACGUAUCACCAUUCUUCGUGGCAUGCCGACAGCGAGGCGGCGAAGAGAGCUCUCAAGAGCCAGAACCGCAACAAAAAGACAAAAUCGUUAUCGUCCAAAAAAAUAUCGUCCCCGGAUCCAUUCGACGACAAUCCUCUAAUAAAUCUUCGGAGCAAACGCAAAAAGAGGCACGAGGACAACGACGACGACGAGAGUAAGAGCGAUGAUCGAACCGAAAUCGAAAGUAUUCUAGGUAUUGAAAAUUUUGGUCCGAUCUUGGGGGAUGAUUCCGAAGCCAAACAAGAGAGACCGACCGGUUCAUCGAACUUGGACUUUUUGAAGGAUUUAGGAUUGGGAGGUUUGGGAGGAAUAGAUGGUAUCCUAGGUAUGGGUAGCACGGACGGCACUGGUCUCCCUCCUGGGUCUAUCAUUCGAAUAAGUAAAGUCAACAAUGAUGUCGACAAUGGCGAUGAUGACGGCGAAGAGAUUGAUGACUACGACGACGAUCAAGACGACGAAGACUUCGACGAGGAAGAUGAGGAGGAAACAACAACCAAUCCAGAAGAGUUGUCUGUUUUCGAACUGCUAGAUGAAAAGAGGAAAAAGAACAGAAUGAAGGUUUCUGGAAAGCUGUCCUCCAAAGAAUUACGGCAAAGGUGCAUCGAUGCGCUUCGAAAACUUGCAAACGAUGGAAGAAUUUCUCCGAAGCAAAAGCGAGUACUGCUAACAGAUAUAAUCAGCUCAUCUGCUAGAGGGGAAAAGAGCCUAGUGGUGCAUGCUUACAAACUCCUUUGUGUGGACCCAACGGAUGAAGAAGCUGCGGAGGAAGACUUUGUUGAUCAAUGCCAGGUGUUUGCUCAAUCCUUCUUCGAGAUCCAAUAGAAUACAUCACUAAGGGAUACGCUUGGAGACACACAUGUGAAAUCAGGGAAAGAAGGGUUAUUAUUUCGUGGGUUUUGGAUGCAAUGUGGAAGACGAUUCGUCAUAAAAACCACUGUCAGUGAAUGAAAUAAAAAUGCACAUGAAUGACGAGUUCCAAAGAGGUAGUUCAUUUUUACACAAAAACAACUGAAACAAUUCGGAAAUAGAAAAUUAUCUUAUUACACAGCUGAUGAACUCACGCUAUCUAAACAUUGCAUGCUGCACCUUGACUCAGCUUUGUGCUCAACUAAAUACUGGACCAAGGGGCUAUGAGUUGCUUUCGUUUUGGAAUUUACAACAUUAUUUUUGAACUUUYAAGGCCCUCUACCAAUCUAGCAAUUCAUGAGCCCACUUCGAAUUAGCAAACCACUAUGCAGAGGAGAUCUAGCCAUGAAGUUCAUCGUCUUCUUCAUCACAGUAUAUGUUUAUGAAUGUUUGAUAAGCAUUGAAAAGUAUGGGAAAUAUUCUUCAUGAAUUGAGGCUGGUCAUGCCUCCAUCACCCUUCCUCAGAGGGGGGGGGCCAACCCUCAGAACAACUAUGAGCAUUCUUCUCCUAAGAAGCCACAGUCCUGGCCAAGAACCUAGUGCCUCUCUUAGUUCAAAAUAUUAAAUAUAAAGUUAGACU